UUUCGUUAGUACUUUGUUAUCCAUUCCCGCCUCCAAACUCCAAACCGGAAAAUGACUCUCCGACUCAUAACAUCUCCGCCCUCCUUCCCUCGCUUCACCUGUCACGCCAACGCCCUUCCUCCCUCUCCUCAAAUCUCCACACCAACCUCUAUUUCUUCAACUUCACAGCUCCAGUCACUAACAUGCGCACUUCACUGUCCCCAUUUUCAAUCGUGUUCGGGGUGUACGCACGAGCAUAAUCUCCAUCAUCCUGUAAUAUUGGAAGAUGCUAAGAAUUUCUUUCGGAAAUAUGGUGUUACUGACUUCACAUUUGAUACUUGCAAUUUGUGGGGUUGGAGGUGUCGUGCGAAAUUGGCAGUGCGUGGCUCUUCAACCAACCCUCUCAUUGGGCUUUAUGAGGAGGGAACACAUAACGUAAUUGACAUUCCAGAGUGCAAAGCUCAUCAUCCUAAUAUUAAUGCUGCCGUGGAGCUUCUUAGACAAGGUAUUACUGAAUUAGAUAUCGAACCAUUUCUUGAAGAUGAAGGCACUGGCAAUUUGCGAUAUGUUCAGAUGGCUGUGACAACACACAACACCUCUCUUCCUGCUGCAAAAAGAUAUAUGAGUGGUAAGGUUCAGGUUACAUUGGUUUGGAAUUCAAGAAACGAAACUUCUGCUGGUUCAGAGAAACUGAAUGCAUUGGCAAAUUUCCUAUGGAAAAAGGGUGGGCCACGGAGCAGGCUUCAUUUAAUACACUCUGUGUGGGCCAACUUCCAGACUUCUGAGAAAAAUAUAAUAUUUGGGAAUAGAUGGAGACAUCUUCUUGGAGAAAGAGAUUUUUGGGAACAUGUUGGUGGAAUUGAUGUGUCAUUGGCCCCUUCUAGUUUUGGCCAGGCAAAUACACGGGCUUUUGAUGCCUUGCUUCAGAAGUUACAGAAAUAUGUUCCAUAUGAAUCAUCUGUUACUGAUUUGUAUGCUGGAGCUGGGGUCAUCGGGUUAUCAUUAGCCGCCGCAAGAAAGUGCAGAUCUAUUAAAUGCAUUGAGAUUAACAAAGAGUCAAAAGUAUCUUUUGAGAAGACUAUUGAACGUUUGCCUGCCACCGUUGACAGCAACAUCACUUGGCAUCAUGCAGAUGCUUCAAAAGAUCCUUUUUCGUGGCUUAUGGGCUCAGAUGUUGUAGUCAUUGAUCCUCCUAGAAAAGGACUAGAUUCAUCUCUUAUUGAUGCACUGAAGAAUAUAUCAUCAGUGGCGCGUAAAGUUUUGUCAUCAUAUGAACGCUCAAACAACACACAAGAAGAGAAAAGACCAUGGAUUUUACGUGCUCAUGAAGCUUCAGUCCAUAUCAAAAGCAAAUCACCUGAGGCAAACAUUCCUUUGGUGCCACAAACCCUUAUUUAUAUAAGUUGUGGAUGGGAAAGUUUUAAAGAGGACUGCAAGUCAUUGUUGUCAAAUAAUGUAUGGCAUUUGGAAAAAGCUCACGGUUUUAAUUUCUUUCCUGGUACUCAAAGCUGUGUUUUAGUGUGCGUGGGAAAGAAUGGGGGAGAACUUUUAACCUAGUGUAGAGUCUGCAAUGGAGAGAGCAUAUUCAGCAUUGAAGUUCUGGCAGUGUUCAAGAGGGCACCUCAGAAAAAGAAACCGGGAAAGAAAAAGAAAAAACACUCACAAGGAGCUGCUAGACCAAAAUGAGCACGUGAUUCAGUACUGUCCAAUUUUGCGCAGAAGAAAGAAACGGGUAGAUUUAGUAGCAGUCUCAUGUUUUGUACUAAUUGGAAAAGGGAAUUUAUUUCAUUGUUUGAUAAAUUGUGUACAAAUAAUUUAAUAUAAUUUUUCGUCGCAUCUUUAUGAUA